AUGCCUGCUGCAGCCACAAAACUCGUCUCGUGGGCGCAGUACCACGUCAACCACAUGAUUCUUCUCACCGUGUUCUUCCUCAUGUCCAUCAUCCGCAACUUUGAGUACAUGUACCACAAGUUGUACCUUCGUCUUCUCUCCAUCACCUACUAUCCAAACAAGUCGCCUGUGGUGAUCAGGAACGACGUCAACAAUUUGGCCAAGAUCCCCAAGCAUAUCAGCUGUCUUAUCUGUAUGAGAAGCGAGGACGACGAGAAUGGCGGCAUCGAGGGCGCUGUUUCAGAUAUUGCUGAGUUGGCAGCGUGGUGCUUGAGCGCUGGCAUCCCCAAGUUGACUAUCUACGAGGAAACGGGCGCGGUCAAGCCUCACUUGGACGAGUUGGAGCGGUACAUCACGAAAAACCUCAGGGCGUACUUUGGCGUGCCCACUCCGGCGUUCACGUUGAAGGUGCCUCACUCGAACAAAACGGUGCUUUGCGGCACCGAGGUCGAGGGCCAGCCCACCUUGCUCAUCUCGUUGCUCUCUCGCGUCGACGGGAAACCCACCAUCGUGGAGCUCACAAAAACCAUGUGCGACCUUACCGCCAACAACGACUUGUCGGUCAAGGAUAUCACCGUGCAGCUCAUCGAUGAGGAGCUCAAUGAGCUUGUGGGGCCUGAGCCCGACCUUCUCAUCUGCUUUGAUCCGGUGUUGAACUUGCAUGACUAUCCGCCAUGGCACCUUCGCUUGAGCGAGUUCUACUGGGAGCCCGACAACGAUUCGGUCAACUACCCGGUGUUCAUCCGUGCUUUGAGGCAGUUCUCCAACUGUAAGAUGAACGUGGGCAAGUAG